GAGCAGAAACAUGAUGCUUUCAAUGCAAUUUAUUCUUCUCUUAGUAGUUCCACUGGCUUUGGCUGAUUGGGAUGUGAAUACUGCUAAAUUACUUCGAUUGCAUAAUGAGUAUCGUCAACAGUUGCUUGACUGUAAAGUGGAGGGGCAACCAGCAGCUAAGAGAAUGCCUCCUCUCCAAUGGGAUGAGGAACUGGCUAGUGAAGCGAAAGAGUUAUCAAGAAUGUGUAAAUUUCCAACUAACAGUCCUACAAGCAAAAGAUUUCGUUCAGUCGGACAGAAUGCUGGCACUUGUACAAAUGUCGAAAAUGUUAUGAAGGAAUGGUUCUCCCAGCACAAAUUUUAUAAUUUUAAAAACAAUCAGUGCAGUGGCCAAUGUCUAACCUACUUGCAGAUAAUUUUUGAAAAUACUACACAUAUUGGAUGUGGAGUCAGUAAAUGUCAAAGGGGUGAUCAAAAUCACUACCUAUUCGCAGUCUGUAACUAUGGCCCAGGGUAACAAUGACUAAAAUUUGCUAAUGAUUUUUUUUAUUAUUUCAUUGUCAAGUAUUCAGUUCAUUGCUAAAUAGUUAGAAGACAUACCGACAUACUGACAGAAGGUUUCAAUCUCUAGUUUCUAUAACUAGUGAAACGAACUUUUAAGAUAAGCAUGUGGACAUUAACAAAUUCUACAAUGUGCAGUUGCAGCGAUUUCGUCAAUUUCACGUUUCAUACAAAUGGUUCCCUUGAUAAAUUUCGAUAAAGAAAGGAAGAAGAAAUUUGCAGUAUAAAAUGAUAUCAUUAUUCUCUUUCACAGGUUCUCAUCAGCCGCUGCAGUCUACCUGAAAUUACAAUGGUUAUAUAAAUGAUAAUAACAUACACUUUAAUGUUUGAGUAGUAGUAGUAGUAGAGAAGAGAUAAAAUUGGCGCAUCCAAAAAAGAAUGAAAGCAUUACAAUUCUUAGUUUAAGUUGUCGUCAUCAAUUUAUACACUUUCAAAGUUGAGAAGAG